AUGCCGGCUAUAACCGAAGAGAAUGAUAUCUUGAAAACUAUAUUGUUUUCUUUUAACGUGUUUGUGCAUAUGUUGGUAGGAAUCACGAUGGGGGUUCCCAUGCUGUUUGCAGUGCUCCAGAACUUCCAGACUGAAGAUGGAGACACGGAGGCUAUAAUGCACCAUAUCCUGAUUUGUGUACCUGCGUACCAAGUCCUGACAUCGCAAGCGCUGCUAAGCUUAUGUCCUUACAACACCUGGUCUUCACCACUGAGGAAAAGUAACAAAAUACGAGCACAUUGGGUCCUACAUCUGAGUGGUUACGCUAUGGGAGUCAUUGGCAGCGUGAUCAUCAUGUCUUCUAAGAAAAAGAACUUCCAAACUCCACAUGGACGACUAGGUUUGGUUUGCCUAACCAUAACGCCAUUGACAAUGCUGACCGGACUACUAGCUCUAUGGGCUUACCCAUUACGAAGAUUAUACCCUGCCAAGGUUAACAAACUGGUGCACGUCAUAAUCGGGAUGGCUUGCUUUUCCUGCUCCUCAGCUGCUAUCUGCCAUGGAUUCAACAAAGAAGCCUUCAGAGACUGGAUGAACGAACGAGUCACAAAUGGAUUUAUCGCCUUCACUGGCAUCGUCACUACCAUUUUGCUCUUUAACCCUUUGCUCACAGUGUUCAGAUUAAUUUAUCAAAUUUUAAACAGAGAUUGUCAGUGA